AAUGCCAGAAGUAGAUGACUAUUUUAGGGAGGUUGACAUAAAUAAGUGGAGUUAUGAUGGAUUUCUCAAAUUCUUGACAACUGAAAAAUGCAGUGAAGAAAUUUGGAUAAGCUCCUUGAGAGCGAUUAGCAAAAAUAAAAAAUACCCAGAAAUUUUACCAGAAUUUCUUUAUAGGAAUUCAGCAUCAAUAUCAUCAAAACAUAAUAAACUCCAAAAUUCUCAGGAAUCUGCAAAUGGAACUAGACCAGACUUUACUGUGCAAAAUUAUUCGAAUUAUGAGAUCUUCACUUUAAAGGUUGCUGGAAGUCUAAUAAAUAAGAUUCAGAAAAAGAUCAAAAAUGAUUUUGCCAAAUUAAGUAAACAAAUGCAAAAUAAUAUAAAUUAUAUUGUUAGUCAAGAGAAAGAAAAAGGGCGUUCAUUACCUAAAAAUUUUCAAAUCUUUGGAGCAUCAACAAAAGGAUUUGAUAUUGUGAUUAAAAGGAUGAUAUCUGUUGAUCGAUAUGUUAUUAUGCAGGAAAUCUUUACAAUUAAAGUUCUAUCCAGCAUUACUAAUUACUGUAAGCUUAAAAUUUUGAUUAUAAGAGUGAUUGCUUUGUCAGAAGUAAUUAAAGAUCUACUUAGUUGUAAAGAACCCACUAUCAAGUCUCAAGCUAAAUAUUUUGCUGCUAAAUACUAUCUUUAUAGAUGGUAUAUAAAAAAAGAUGAAACAAAAGCUUUUGAGUUUGCAAUAGAACUUGCCAAUAAAAAAGAAUACGACUAUGCAUUAAAUAUUUUUAACCAGAUUUCUAAAAGAAAAAGUUCUAAGCUUAAAGAUAAAGCCUCAGAAAUGGUAAAGAAAUAUAAAGGGAUGAGCUGA